AUGGCUUCUGGGGAUGAACGAUGUGGCUCUCCUGGAAAUGCCCUCGAUCAUAGGGCGUCUCCAUCAAAUGCAUCACCCUUCCUACGUCUUCAUCUGGACCGCCCAAGGUUAGCGCGGAAGCGCGACGUGCAGGCUUGUGAGCAAUGCCGGUCCAGGAAGAUCAAAUGCGAUCGAGCGAAGCCCCAUUGUCGAUGCUGCUGCAAGUAUGGUCGGCCCUGCAUCUACCGACCGAAGGCUGAGGCCCGGGCGCAACAGGAGAGAGCCAUAGGAAAUAUGACGACGGAAGAAGAGCGUGUUUCGAUGUGUUCCGCCAACCCACAAUCGAGUGGAGGGCCAGAGGAGAAGCAGACAAUCGCCUUCAACCAAGUUGGCCACCUCAAAGCAUCGGACGACGUGCGGCUGCGGUAUUACUCGAGCUCAUCAUGGGUGGCCGGGGUGGAGGUGUCCAAUGUCUCUCCAUACGAUCGUCAUGGUCUUUCACCUGGGUCAUUAGCUCAAACAUCAAACGACUUCAUCUAUCUUGCCGAGGUAGACCAGCUCAUUGCAUGGUAUGCUAAAUAUUGCCACUUCUGGUUUCCACUGGUAGACUGCAACGAAGUUAUUGCGGAAGUGGACGAGCAGCGGAACCAUGGAAGCUCGAAGCCGGGUGCGCUCGCACUCAUUGCAGCCAUAUGCUACACCGCUACCCGAUCCAUCAAGGCACCAGAGAACACCAAUGUAUGGUUCUCAUUUCGCUCCUCGUUUUGGAAAGAAGUCACAACUCAACUCUUGGCCGAAUCCGGUUACCCGAGUCGACCCAAUCUAAAUACGGUUCGAGUAGCUUUCUUUCUCGCUAUACCCAGCAUGGCGGAAGGGCACACUCAUCCCGAUCCCAGCUCUGUUUCUAUCCUCGUAAGGGCUGCCCAGUCUCUCGGCCUUCACCGGGAGCCGCUGCUCUUUCAGCUAUCUGCUCAAGAUGCUGAGGUCAGUCGCGUUCUAUGGUGGUCGGUUCGCGGCUUGGAUAUCACGUAUGCUAUCUCGCAUGGUCUUCCACCAGUGAUCCAUGCUGAAACUACGGAUGUUCGAUCCAUUGACUGCCGGUAUGGUUCAGAGCGCACGCUUCUUAGUACCAUAUCACGGACGACUGCAUUGAUAUCAAAGACUUUGUAUCAUAUUUACAGCGUGAGCCAGCCAACUCUCCGCGAUAUAAAACACUUGGAUGAUGAGGCUGAAAAGGUUUAUGCUGAAGAAUGUGGAGAUCACAAUGAGAACAUGGAUACACUACAAAGGUUCGUUGCCAUGAGUCGAAUGAUGUGCUGCUGCAAGAUGAUGAUUAUUUUACAUCAACCUUAUCUGCGCACAUCACAGUGGCCUCAAGAAUCCAGAUCAAAGGCUUUGAUGUCUUGUCAGGAGUAUAUUGGUGGCUUUGUAGCUGGAGUCAGCGACGAAUCACUGGCGCCCUACAGAUGGGUGUUGGACCAUUUCGACGUGAUUCACGCCUGCGCUAUUAUACUGCAGGACCUGAUCCAAAACUGUCACUCUUCAGAAUCAAGCAGUCUUCGUGAUGUGGUUAAUAUCUGCUUUUCUACCUUUUCGAAAGGGCACCAUCCUAUUUGGACACAGCUUGAGACGCUCAGGUCGAAGGCUUGGGCAGCAAAUGGAUGGUCUGUGAAUGGUGAGGACCGUGAGAUAUUGGAAUCUGACGCCAGCUUGGCAGAUUACGACGCUCUUUUUGCGUCUUUCCUCUGGGAGGAGUUAGUCAUGUGA